AUGAUCGGGCAAGCGACGCCUCAGAGUCAUCAUGCCUGGCCUACUUGGCCUGUUGCGAGGCCGGUUGCCAAGGCGCGCUGGAGAGUGGUCCAAAGGAGGGCAGCGCUGCAGGAGCUAAUGGAUGUGUUUGAGUCCGACUCCGAUGCCAGCCAAGCGAUCAUGACAGCCGCCAGCGAGCGCGGCCAGUGGCGGGAAGUGCUCCUGCUGCACCGGCGCCUGCUGCAAUCCGUGGACGAGGCUGCCCCGGAGCAGGUUGGCGAAGUCUUUGCAAACGCAGCCUCGGGGCUCAUGAGAGCACGGCAGUGGCAGCGUGCUCUGGGAUUGAUCACCGAAUUCAGGGCACAGUGUCGAGAUAGCUUGACUUUUUGGUCCGUGGCACACACUGCUGAGCGUUCCAGCUCAGAUCGCUCGGACCGAGUUCCGAUGUUCCAGCUCCUCUUAUCCAUGUUUUCGAACUUUGGCACCUGGGAUCAAGUGCUCGGGCUGCUUCAAGAGGCACGCCGCUGCCCCGAAGCAGUGACUACGACCGACAUUGCUUCAGUGAUGACAGCCCUCACGAACCAGAAGCGAUGGCGCAUGUCUUUGAGAGUUUUCGCCGAGUCACGAGACUCAGUGGGUGCUGAUGCAAAGAUAUACAAGGCGGCUUAUCAGGCAUGGUCCUCCGGCCAUCACUGGAAGCAGGUCAUCAGCCUGUUAGCGGAGGAGCAAGCCAUGCGGGGUGAAGAUCAGGGUGUCGAUGGCGCCAUGAGGGCACUCUGUCAGGCAACCGUUUCAUUGCUGAAGAUGAGAAGUUCCAGUUCCAAAGCAAGCUCAACUUCAGCAGCAUUGGCAGCCUCUCGCAUGCUCGCCGACAUGCGUUUGAGAAAGCUCUCGCCACCGAUGCGCCUUUACAGCCAGGCAGUUGCGGCCAAUGCGAGGGCGGGCGAUCCGGAUCAAGCACUUCAGCUGAUUCGGCAAAUGAGAGAAGAGGCACCGCACGUAGCUCGCAAUGCUUUCGACUGCCCAGAGUUGGCUUCCUUUUGUGAGGACUUGCCACAAACGACGCCUGGCUCACAUCAUGAAUGA